AUGGCACCCGAGGCGAACAAGAACAAGUACUCCAUACUUUUGCCCACAUACAAUGAGCGCCGCAACCUCCCUAUCAUAACAUGGCUGCUCAACAAGACAUUCACCGAGAACAACCUCGAUUGGGAACUUAUCAUUGUCGACGACGGCUCUCCAGACGGCACCCAAGAAGUCGCCGCCCAGCUCCAAAAAGUCUACUCCCCCGAACGCAUCCAGAUCCGCGCACGCGCAGGCAAAUUGGGCCUCGGCACAGCUUACGUUCACGGCCUACAAUUCGCAACCGGCAACUUUGUCAUCAUCAUGGACGCGGAUUUCUCCCACCACCCCAAGUUCAUCGCGCCCAUGAUUGCGCUCCAGAAGACGAAGAACUACGACAUUGUUACCGGAACACGGUAUGCGGGCAACGGCGGUGUCUACGGCUGGGAUCUUAAGCGCAAGUUUGUUAGUAGGGGUGCGAAUCUGUUCGCGGAUACUGUCCUCAGACCCGGCGUCAGCGAUCUCACGGGCUCCUUCAGGCUGUACAAGAAGGAGAUUCUGCAAAAAGUUAUCCGGAGCACAGAGAGCAAAGGAUAUACAUUCCAGAUGGAGAUGAUGGUACGCGCAAAGGCUAUGGGCUGCACGGUUGGCGAGGUUCCGAUUUCGUUUGUUGAUCGUCUUUACGGCGAGAGCAAGCUCGGUGGAGAUGAGAUUGUAGAAUAUGCCAAGGGCGUGUUGAACCUGUGGCUGAAGGUCUAG